GCUGCUGCCGCUUGGGGGCGUGGAGCCCAAGGAGGUGGCGGAGUACUUUGGAAUGAUGAACGUGGGCCUCCGGGGUGUGGUUCCCGGCGAGCCCACCGAGCGCUUCCUGCGCACCCGUCUGCGCCAGUGCAAGCUGCUGGGAGGCGCAUGUCUGGGGGGGCUGGCGGUGGCGGCACAGCUGUACGACGGCGCGUGUGUACGGGCGCUGGGGGCGAGCCUGGGCAGCACCAGCCUGCUCAUUAUCGUGGGGGCGGUGCUGCAGACGGCACGACAAGUUGAGGCGCUGCUGGAGGGUCCCAAGCUGCAGCGGCGACUGCAGCGGGAGCGGCAAGCCAUCGAGUCGCUGUCGCUGCUGUGAGGCUGUUGAUGCUGAUGCUGAUGAUGAUGGUGGUGAUAAUGAUGUGGUGGUAUGUAACGAAUGCACCGGUAAUGGUUUAAACGUAUGUGGGUAAAACAAAAACGGAGG